AUGGAUAUUAGCAGCCUAAAAGAAAAGCGCAUAUGCAUAGACGAUUCGAGUAGGGCGGAAAGAGAAAAGUAUACAACAUUUUUUUUGCUAAACCCAGAUGGUAUUCUCGACUCGGUUGCUGGGCUAGAGAACUUGGCAUUUUCCUUUGAUAGCAUUUCUUACAAAGACGCUAGAUGUUAUAAAUGCCUCUCGGUUUUUUCUUGUGAGACCAAUGCUGUUUAUAGAACUUGUCCUAAGUGCCAUGUGGUAAAUGCACUAGUGCCCCACGACGUCAUAGGAAGAAAAGUUAUUAUUCUCAUUUGCUACCAGUGCAACAGUCGGAACCUAACGAAUAUUGAGUGUUCAUACGUGCAAUGCUUUCUGUGCAAGCGUGUGAACCUUUCGCAAUACAAUAAUAGUGCUCAUCUUGCCCCGAGUCAAAGCGCCCAUCGCAGCCCGGAGCAGAAGAAAAAAAAGAACCAUCGAGGCAUCUUGGCGAAUAUGUUCAAAUGCUUAAGACUGAAGAAAAAUGAGAAAGACGCGAACCCCUCCUCAGGAAGUAGCGUCAAAGAAAGUUGCGAAGGAAGUCCCAGUGUAGAGGAAGCACAGAGUGAAGUCGAAAAUAGGUCCAUCCAGAACAAUGCCAGCUUUGAUGAGGAUAGAGAAAAUGACAGGGAGGAAGAUCCAAACGGAGAAAGAACGAAUAACAAACUCUUUAAUGAGGAGAACACACACGGAUACAUACCGGAUUCAAAAUAUUCAAAUGAGGAUUAUAGAAAAAAAUUCUCUAAACCAAAUAACAAUAUGUAUAAUUCGAAUAUGAAUUAUAUUCCCUACUCAAAUGAUAAGUUUCAAAACGAUUACAUGAGGAAUUCUGCCAACAACAAUGGACAAAUGAACUACAUAAAAAAGAUGAACAACGACUACGGUAAUUCCUAUAUGGGCAGUAGCCAUAAUAAUGGUAGGGUAGGUAACCCCACAGGUGGGUACUCACGAGAGAACAACAACUUUUACAAUGUGAAUUAUAGCAAGAAUUACCAGCCGAGCUAUUCCAACACGAACACGCAGGCAAAUUAUUGGAACAAAGACAACAAAGCAUACGGAAGCAGCCACUAUCAUGAUAUGAACAGAUCGGAAAAGUAUAACGACAAAUUCGGAACUGUUGUCGAACAUGGAAAUGUUAAAAGAAAAACAAUAAUGUUUAAUAACAUGAAUGAUUCUAACCCCCCCAAAAUAAAUAAAACUAUAAGCCACCUCGAAAUGGAUAAAAAAAGAGAUAGCGAUGUCAAGGCAUGUAUAGAAUAUUUUAGCUCCCUACGUAAAAAUAAAAAUGAUGAUAUUAAAGUGAUCCUUGAAAAACAAAACUUUAAAGAAUUCAACAUUCCCAAAGAACAUCUCGAAAAUAGAGAUUUUUACAGAUAUGUAGAAUACUACAAGAAACAUAACUUGAAAGAUUUAAUAAACAAAUUUAACGAAUCCUCUACGAAUGACAAGAACAGAAGCAAAGAUUCUGGUGCAAAGGGGAAGGAUUCUUCUUCCUCCAUUUCGAAUGCCACAAAUAAAGAUAAUGCUAAGGAAAGUGGUAGCAGUAAGGGGAAUGAAAAAUACACAAAUAACAAAAGCACAGAUAAUAAAACGAAAAAAAACAAGCGCCCAGAAAGUGACUCACGUGAUGAUCACUCUGAUGGAGAUGGAAACGCAUACCAUAAGAAGAAAAAGUCUAAGUGCAAUGAGAAUAUAAAGCCCACUUUUUACACCUUAGAAGAUUUGUUCGACUAA